UUCAUGCGAGUCUUGCCAAACUAAUCGUUCAGCUUAAAGGAAUCUACCAUUGGAAGGGUUAUCCUAGCGCGUUAGAGAAAUAGAAAAUUGCUCUUGCCGACAAUGUGGCUUGUCGUCGUCUUGGUGGGAAUCGUCACGUCCACAUCAAAUGCGUACGAGUUCUCGUUGCCGAGAAUUCCUCGACGAUCGAAAUCUCUCUCGCCCCGACUCGCGAUGACUAGUACCAGCUCUGCAGAAGACAGUAUUGCUGUUGCUGUGACACGCGAAGACGGAAACAAUAAGAAGCUGUUGAAAGCCUUGGAAUCUCGAUUGGCCGGACGUAUUUCAGUUCUUGAAGUGCCUUGUAUUGCCCAUGCUGAUGGGGAAGACUAUGCCUUGCUUGCUGAAAAAUUACGAUCGGAGCGAUGGGAUUAUGUCGCCGUCACCUCUCCUCAAGCAGCUAUUAUUUUGAACAGUGCUUGGGAUAGUGUACGAGACGACCCUAUUCCAGUCACGGCCGUGGGAAAGGCCACAUCAGAGGCUUUAGAAGAGUACGGCAUCGCCGUUUCCUUUUGCCCGUCCAAGGCUAUUGCGACCACGCUCAUGCUGGAGCUUCCUGCUACUAGAGUAACUGAUGCGACACGAGUUCUAUAUCCAGCGAGUGCCAAAGCGCGAACAACGUUGGAGAAUGGUCUCAGGGAACGAGGCUUUGAAGUUGUACGUCUUAACGCGUAUGACACAGUUUCGGCACAUUGGACGCAUAUACAAAGGACAAAUGCAGAGAAGUGUCAAGUUGCCUGCUUUGGGUCGCCGUCGGCAGUGGAUGGUUGGCUGAGGAACUCCAACAACAAUACCACAGUUUUGGCUGCUUGUAUAGGUAAAACGAGUGCUGACGUUUGUCGCGACAGAGGUUGGCCGAAAGAAUGCAUUUUCUUCCCAGACAAGCCAGGUAUCGAAGGAUGGAUCAAUGUCGUAGAAGAAGCCGUUGACGCCCUAGUCAGCGAGACAGUAUAG